AUGGCGUCGAAUAUACCCAAAGCACUCCCUAAAAACCUCUACAAGCCGCUUCCGCUUGAACAACGGAAGCAAAUAUACCUGCCCGAUUUCGUGCUUACCCUUAUACGGACUCCGUUUCUACCACCUCGAUAUGCCUCUUUCUGGGUCCCUCUCACGUUCAACAAGCUCGAUAUGAAAGAUUAUAUGAAACGAGUAUACAAUGUCGAUGUUAUCAAAGUACGAAGUUACGUUGAACAACAGAAGGUUACGCGCGAGCUUCCACGAGGAAGGCAAGGUGUUGGUCCUAUGCGACGACUGAUGGCAAAGAAAAAAAUGACAAUCGAAAUGACUGAACCGUUUGUGUGGCCUCACGAGCCAGAAGACUUUUCACCAUGGGAGAGGGACACAUUUUACGAAGCCAAAAAGCUGCAGGAGGAUUUCCAGGCCGCACAUUCUGAAGACGCACCGAUGAAGGCACCUGCACGGAAGCGAGAGUUGCUGGCAGAACAGGCAAAGCAGGUUCUGAAUGGCGAAGAACAGUGGCAACCAACAUGGCAAACACUAGGCCUCAAUUCCCAGAGACCUAUACUCAAGAGACAGGCACCUAAGUCAAAGGAGACACCAGUGGCAUCGGAAUCUGCACAGCCAUCAGAAAGUUAA